UGAGAAGUGAGGAGGAGGGAGGUUCCUCUCUCUCUCUCUGUCACCCAGACUCCCAUCACCAUGAGCUGGAGCUUCCUGACACGCCUGCUGGAGGAAAUCCACAACCACUCUACCUUCGUGGGCAAGAUCUGGCUUACCGUGCUCAUCGUCUUCCGCAUCGUCCUUACCGCCGUGGGUGGCGAGUCCAUCUACUACGACGAACAGAGCAAGUUCGUGUGCAACUCAGGCCAGCCGGGCUGCGAGAACGUCUGCUAUGAUGCAUUCGCACCGCUCUCACACGUACGCUUCUGGGUCUUUCAAAUCAUCCUGGUGGCCACGCCGUCGCUCAUGUACCUGGGCUACGCCGUCAACAAGAUUGCCAGGCGCGAGGAGAGAGCUGAGGGUGGAGGAGGGGGAGGAGGACUGUCCCAGCGCAAGCCUAGGAAGCUCUACCUCGGGGCCAGAAGGCAACACCGGGGCAUGGAGGAGGCCGAGGAUGACCAGGAGGAGGACCCCAUGAUCUAUGAGGUUCCCGAGGUGGAGAGCGAGACGGGGGGAGGCGACGGGGGUGGAGGCAGGGGUGGCGGAGGAGCUGGAGGCGGCGGGUGCCAGGGUAAAGGCAAGGUGCGUCAUGACGGACGCCAGCGCAUCAAGGAGGACGGGCUGAUGCGUAUCUACGUGCUGCAGCUGCUGGCGCGUUCCAUGCUAGAGGUGGCCUUUCUGGGGGGGCAGUACGCCCUCUAUGGCCUGGCAGUGCCCUCCAUAUACGUGUGCUCGGGCCGGCCGUGCCCGCACAGUGUGGACUGCUUUGUGUCACGCCCCACCGAGAAGACCAUCUUCCUGCUCAUCAUGUAUGCCGUGUCGCUGCUCUGCUUGGCGCUCAACGUGUGGGAGAUGCUCCACCUGGGCGUUGGCACCAUCUGUGACAUCCUGCGCUCCCGUCAGAGACCGCUCUCCGAGGAGGACCUGUAUGGCCUUGGGGGUGGCGGUGGUCCUGGGGGGCCAGCCACAUUCCGCGACGGAGGAGGAGUAGUAGGGGGCGAUGGUUACAGCAGCUACCCCUACUCCUGGAACGCCCCGUCAGCGCCGCCGGGCUACAACAUCGCCGUCAAGCCCCCAACGCUGAUGGUGCCGACUGUGGCGCCCGAUGGGCAGCUGCCCUUCACCGACCUGAGCAACGGCAAGAUGGCGUGCCGACAGAACCGCGCCAACAUCGCCCAGGAGGAGAGGCGGCAGUACGCCAGCAAUGAGGAUAACUUCCCAUCGUCGGGUGGCGUGAGGGACGCUCGUGGCGCCCUCCAGAGGGAGAUUCGGCAGGCGCAGGACCGGUUGGAGUCGGCCAUGCAGGCCUACAGUCAUGAACAGGGCCACAACAACCCCAGCAAGCCCCAUCGUGAUCGCAAGCACCGGCAAGCCUCCAAGCACACCUCCAGCAAAGCCGGAAGGGGAAACAGCAGCAAUAGCAGCAGCAAGUCGGGUGACGGCAAGGGCUCCGAGUGGAUUUGACAUCUACAAUCGAUCAUUCUUAAAGCGGACUUAGUAUAUGCAGCGUUAUCUUCUAUAACACAUUUCGAUAUAUGAGUUAUUGCUCCAUUACUGAGUAUAUAGCUCCUACAGACAUAACUGAUGCUAGUGCCCCCUGGAGACAGGCUGAAAUUAGUUUGUAACUUGAAGUUUGUAACAUCACUAAAUGCAAAUGAGGUAAUCAAUGUCAGCUGUAUUUGAUGUUACAACUGUCAGCUGUACGUUGUUAUGUUUUAUAAGUAAUUCUAUGUUCAAAAGAAGGAGCAAUAUGGGAAAAGACACAGUAAUUGAGAGUCAUUUUAUUUUAUU